AUGCCGCCCCGAAGGCGUCCGCAAUACACGCAGGAAAACGUAGAGCAACAGCUCCAACAGAUUCACCUCCUCGACCAGUCCUCGUCCUCAGAGAACCUCGAGCAACUCGGGCCUAUCAUCAAGCAGAUCCACCAGAACAGGCAGCAGGAUGCCUACCUGCGCACUCUUCAAGGCGUGAUCAACGCCAAGGACGCCGAGAUCGAGAGCAUAUGUGGCGACAACUAUCAGGACUUUCUGGCCUCUGUUUCCACACUGUUCACCGUCAAGUCGUACACCAAUAACCUCCGCGACAAGAUCACCACACUUGACACAUCCGUAUCUCAAGUCGGCCGAGGCUUGGUGGAGAAAAAGCGAGGACUAUUGCAGGCAAAGAAGACCGCAGCUAACCUGGACGAGGCGAUCGACAACCUCCAGGCCGGCCUGCGUGUGCUUGACGUAGUGAACAGGAUUGGUGAGAUGGUACAGGAAGGAAAGUACUGGUCGGCACUAAGGUCUAUCGAUGAUAUCCAAUCAAUGCCCGCAAGCUCACUUGCUCAGACACCUCUGUACCAGUAUAUCCUGACCUCGCUACCGUCGCUGCGCGAACAGAUCAAGAGCGCAGUGACUGCGCAAAACAAGCAAUGGCUGCUUGACAUCCGUAACUUGACUCGAAACGUCGGUCGGCUCGCACUCGACGGCAUGCAGGCUCGAUCAAAUAAAUGGAAAGCCCGACGCGAACGCGACCCUUUACUACGCCUGGCUCGGGUCGGCAGUGCAGCGGAGACUGUCACGUACGAGAAGUACGGGUAUAACGUUCUCGAGAACGAUGAACUUCAGGUCGACUUCAAACCGCUUUAUCAAAGCAUUCACAUAUAUACCGCCCUCGAUUCGCUGGACGAACUUCGCCGGUGGUACCAAGAAAGCCGCUCGGGACAAUCCGAACUCAUCCUGCAAACAUCGGUACAACUAUCUUCUCUCACCAGUGUCGUCGAAGAAAUCACCGGUUUCUUCAUCAUUGAAUCACACGUGCUCGAAACAACCGGAGGCUUCCGGUCUUCUCGCGAGGUCGAGGAAUUGUGGGAUGCACUGGUACAGCGUCUCACAAUGGCGGUCGAAGCAGCCUUAGAGAAGGAGACCGACGCAGCGUCCUUCUUGCGGGUCAAGGAGAACUUAUUAGAUUUCGUCAUCACCGUCGAGUCAUAUUCUUACUCGACACAAUCAAUGCAUAUGUUCAUAUUGCGCUUAUUCGAAAAGUAUGCGACCUUACUCGAGCGUCAGUACAGCAAGCGGUUCAAGGACAUUGUCCAGCAGGAUGAUUUGCAGCCGCUCAUGGCUAAGGAUGCCGGAGAACUCGAAGACGUCCUGCGGUCCGUCUGGCUCACAAAGGCUGAGCGAGACGAGCUGUCGAGGUCGGCGCCGCCAGUUUACUUCCCCUGGUCAAACAGUUUCCUACUUUGCUGUGCCGACAUACGCAGCUUUGUUAACCGCUUUUAUCAAUUCAUUGAAGGUGUUUCACAGCAUCACCGCAAUGUCGAUGAGCUCUUGAGCAAGUCACUUGACACGAUCCUUAAGGAACACGUUACAACAUCCUUCCUACAUCGACUCUCGCGCACUACUCAACCAUCACAAGUCGCCCAGAUGAUCACGAACCUCGAACACUUUGAAGGCGCGUGUGCCGAGCUUGAGCAUUCGCUAACCGCGUUGCGCGCAACACAGCGCGGUGGCACAGUACGAAUCACCGCUGCCCCAGCGUUCGCUGAAGCCCUCGUGCGAGCGCGUGCGCGCGUCGCAGCCGUCAUUGCGAGUAAACUUGAUGAUUUCUUCGGGCUUAGCGAGUACGACUGGAUGCCCGCACAGAAAGAGGAAGUGCCGAGCAUGUACCUAACCGAACUGGUCGCUUGGUUGAGCACUGUCGUCGACUCACUGCAGCUGAAAGACGAGUAUAAAGAGGAGUCAUAUAGAGAAGCGAUUGCAUAUAUCGCCCAGUGUCUCAUGGACUUCUUGACUGAUCGGAGUAUCCCGAUGAUGAAUGAGAAUGGCAUUGCGCAGAUCCUCACGGAUGUCGGGUUCCUCGAGAACGUGUUCACUGACAUGGGGCAUGAGGACCUGAAUGGCUCAUUCGCCGAAAUUCGAUCUACGACGGCAAUCGCGCUUUCAGAUAAAGUCGCCGAAUUCCUGGUACCCGCAGUGCGGCAAUCUAAAUAUCGCGACGUCAAGCCAAAGCGGCUGCAAGCGAUGUUAGAGAAGUUGGCUAAGUAUGGAGCGACGUUGCGAGACCCUGUGCAACGAGAACGUGCGGACAAGCGCAGACGCGAGGCUGAGCAAGUCGGGAGGAUGUUCCCAGGAGAGAGCAGAUGA